CACAAAUGACAGACGGGCAACAAACCAUUUUAUCAUCCAUACAAUCAAUGCAGAAUUGUCUAAUUACAACUCGAAAAUCAAAAUAAAUUGUUCAAAACAUUAUGCCCAAAAGCUAAUAUUUUCCAAUAAAUUGUAUUUCAUUCUUUAACUCCAUUGUGAAUUACUUUGAAAAUAGGUGUUUGCUUCUGUCAAAACAACUCAAUCUCCUCAGCACGUAUGUUGUGGCACCAUUGUAAUGUGUUGGAUGUCAUGAUUGUUUAAUAAUUUACACCUACUUCCUACAGAAUUGUAAUUUCUAUUUAAGUUGCCAAUAUUAGCUGAUGUUUAUAAGAGCAUUCGUUUGGAAGAAUUCGUAACUUACUUUUCUCGUCUUCUUUCGCCUUUAAUUAUUUCACAAUUGUAUCAAUAUUAUUUCUAUUGUGAAUGAUCUACGUCGCUUUAGUUGUAAUUCUGUAAUAUUACACGAUUGAGGUUGGCUUAGUGCAGAUUUAGUAUGUUUCCUUGGAUCGUAUUCACAUAGUGUCUUUAUUGUCUGAAAACGUCAAAAGCCUGGAGGGCAACGUUUGCCAGUUUCAAGUCGUACAGAGAGGUGUCACAUUGUUUGGAACCUGUUGAUGGAAAGACCUGUAUUGAAUGUGUGAAUUAGAUUCCUGAGUAAACAGUGUUUAACGAAGCAAGGCCUGAUAGCGCAUGUCAUGAUCAGGUUCUCUGAAGGAUCUUCUAGCAGAAAUGGGAGAAAUGCACGGCGCUCGCCGAGUUGUUACAUUCUGUCUUCUCACAGCUGUUCUGCCAACAGUUUUGCUUGUUAUUCCUCUGUACUUGAGACAUAGUAUGUAUGCUGAUGUAAUUUAUUCCGUAGCAGAGUCUGAUGUUUUAGAGGCUGUAGAGGGAAUAUCUACAGUAUUUUGCCAGGAGCAAAUCUUAAGAAUGAAUUCUACUUUCCAUGCAUUUCAACUGAGGCAAAUGCCACCUCUCAGCCAUCAAAAGAAACAUAUCCAACUUAAAAAAAGUAUGAUUUUACCAGAUGACACUGUGGAAUACUGGGGUUUUUAUUUACUUGCCGGGUCUAAUAUAUCUUUGCUCGCCUGUUCUAGGUAUGAUGGUGCUGGAAUUCUUGUUGUCAAAGGUGAGAAAAAUUUAAAAACCUGUCAGUCAAUGGAAACACAAUAUAAAAAUGUAAAAUACCAAAAGGGAAACAAAAUAAAGUCAAAUGUGGGAAAUUCCUGGGAAACUAGGACUAGCCAAAUUAAAAAUGAAAAAAUAUUUUCUCAUGUGACUCCAGCGACUGAGAAGAGAGAUUUAGUUAACCAUACUUUAAAAGUUACAAACGACAAGAACAUUGAAAAUGGAGAGAAUGAUGCCCUUGAAGAAUUGACUCGAGAACUUAAAGAAUUCAUUUCAAAUUUUCCAACUAAUAGAGACAGCUUAGAAAAUUCUGAAAAUGAGUCCCUGGAAGAAAGGCAAAAAACUAAGAAUCACACUAAACCUGGUUCACUGCCCAAUCUUUCACAUGUAAGAAAUACUACCAAGAAAAACGACCAAAGAAUUUCAGAUGUUACAAAUGAAGAACAUGAUUCAAAAGCAAUGAAACACAAAAGAGCAACAAAUCUUCUUGCAAAAGAGUUGCAAAAUUUGGAAAUCAAUGUUGAUGAUGACAAUGACUCUCUUGAAAACAUUAGACCAAAAAGAAAAACUUCACGUGUUGAUGGCCACAAGUGGGAUGCUGCUGUAGGUCAUGGUGGUAAUGCUAAUGUUACACAAAUUGAAUCGUCUGAUUCUAGUUUUGAAGACAGCCUUAGGACGUGCUAUAAUGAUCAACAAUUAUUUUCAAAAUCCUUAAAUGCCUCACCAUACUGCUAUAGUAAUUAUUCUCUGAGUCAUCAUAAAGUGGGAACUUUGCAUAUUGAAUCAGAUGGGUAUUAUUACUUUAUUUUUUACAGUGAUAAUGAUUUUAAUGAUAAUCCUAUUCAUGCCCAUUUUGAUAUAUACAAAAUGACAUAUCAACACACAAAUUUUACUCGAGGUUGUGUUAACCAAACAGAAUGCAAGUUCCCAAUUACUUUCUGGUCAAGUGAAAUUGUGAUUGUAGAAGUGCCCACUCAUGAUGGAAUUGAACAUGAAGAUGGUGAUGCAUCUGUAUUAAUUUCUAGUUGUUAUCCUCGGAUGUCAAUAUAUGCCAUAUUUCCUGUUGCAGUUUUAUUUCUAAUUCUAGGUUGUGCCUUCCUGUAAUGUUUUUUAAAAUGCAUAAUUUGGAAUAUAUUUUAUAAUUACAAUGUUCAUGUUAAAUAAUGCUUAAGUAUCAAUAUUGAAUAUCUGUCUCAAAUUUCUUUACUUAUUUUUGUAUUCCUCUUUUGAGGUAGAAUGGCAGUUGCCACAGUCAAAGGUGUCCCUGCACUAAGAUGACGAUAACUUUGGAAUGUUGACAAAUCUUCAGUUAUUCAUUAGUUACAAAUCGUGUGGUCACCGCUUCCUUUACUGAGUGUGGUGCUAAGUAGAAAUACUGACAUUUUUAUCACAGAAGCAUGACAUACUGUACAACAUGACAUAAUCUUUUUUCAAUGCUUUUUUCACUUCUUCCCACCAUCAUUGAGCUCAAAAUAAACAAGAAAUAAUGUAGUUAAAAAAUAGUAUUUGUUUUCUCUCAAUAAUAAUGUAACUUUACAUCAUGAAAUAAGUAAGAGAUGUUUUAGGGACUCCGCUCCUGCCUAAGUAUUUAGUCUCCAAACUUCCCUUUGUCAUGGUAAUUAAUUUAUUAAUUUUUGGCCGAUUCCUUGUUACACUUUGCCAUUACUGUGAUAUACCUGACCUGCCUUGAGUUUAAUUUGUCUUAGUCUGCAUUGCAAAUUGUUUCUUUCUUUCUUUCUUCCUUCCAUGGAGGAGUUGGAUCACAUCCUUCACAAUGCUCCUUCAUAUUUACUGAUUUUUUUCUCUGUCAGAGUUGGGUGCAGAACUAUUUAUAUUUGCUAUAUGGUAGACAAGAAAACUUGCAAAAUUUGGGAAAUAUUUUCGUGUCAGUGAAGUUUCAUAGGCUAUAUCAUCAUGUGAAAUACAAAAUAUCGAAUGUGAAAAAUUACUUAUUUUCAGGUAUUUCAUUAAUUCAUUCAAACAAAUCUAUAAGAUCAGUUUUGACCAUUGUAUUCUAUUCUUGACAGAGGGAUUAAGGGUUUUCUAAAAAGGAAACGCUUUUGCUAAUUCAUUGUGUUUAUUACAUAUAAAAGAACUGUCAAUUGAUGAUGACAAAAAUAUGGCUUUUUCACAUUUGAUUCUUCACGGUUAAUUCAACAAAAUGCACUCAUUUUUCUCUACAAUCCUUUGUUGUUCUUUGAAGUUUAUUCCUGAUUAAGGCACUGAAUUUGACCUAGCUCCUUUUUUUUUCCAAUUACCUUUACUCGCCCAAACUACCCAAAAUAAAAAAUGUCUGUGGUUGCAUAACAGCACAUUUAUUUAACAUUUAGUAGUUGUGAAAUUGCCUAGAGUUUCAUGAUCUAAAUUUAUGGAACGGACUAUAUAAAUGUGUAAAGGAAUAUAGGAGACCGGUAGGGUGGAUUAAAUUUUAUUCGCAUGAAAUAAUUAUUGGUUUUUAAUUGAAACAUACACAUCAUAUCAACAUUCCUCUUUUUGUAUACAGUGUUUCUAUUUGGGACCAAAGAAGUUUUGUUAUUUUUCAAAUGUACCCAGUAAAUUCAUUAUGCAACUUAAGAAUUUUAUUGUGAUAUUAUGCCCCAGAGAAGUAUAGUACAUAGAUCUAUAAUAAAACAUUGAAUGUAAUUUGCAAUGAAGUAAAUGUAUCCUACUUUAUGUAACAUAGAUAAUGAAUUUAGUGCCUUCAUUUAAAAUUUGCAUUUUCUAAUGAAUCUGCUGUUUCGACUGAAAUAUUCACAAUUAAUUCAUUGUCUUCCAGUACUUUGUGAUAAUUUACUGUGAUAUGUGCAGUAAAAACUUUAGUUCUUAAGACACAACAAAUACUAACCCUUUCAAAAUUCAUUCAUCACAUCCUUAUCUUGGAAAAUGUAUGCACUUGAAUGAACAUUUCAUAGACUGCUAAGAGGUAAAGAUUAUUUUUUCCCCUUUAUAAAGAAAAUUCAGACUUCAAUUAAUGUAAGUUUGAGUUAAAAAACACUACUGAGUAGUAAUUUGAUACAAAUGUGUCAACUUUUUUUUUCUUUUUUUAAACAAAUCUAAAGGUUAAGAACUCUAAAUGUAAAAAUAGUUAAUUUUUAUAUGUUAGAAUAUGUAAGUAUUAGAUUUUGAAAUGUGCAUACCACAAAAUUUAUUAUUCUCUUUAAAUGCGGACAUUCUUAGUAAUCUUGUCUUGAGUAUACCUGUUAUGUGUCAAAAUUUCUUUUUAAAUCAAUGUAUGGGUUUCUGAAGUGGAUAUAUGUUUCAAUUUUUGUUUGGUUAUUAAAAUAUAAGUUUUCAAACAUUUCUUGAGAUAUUAAAGGAAUGUGUAGUUCCAGUUGUAAUGAUAAUCUUAUAUUUCAUCCAUUAGAACAAUGUAAACUGUCAUAAAAUGGAUAUUGUUUUUGGCAAAAUAAACAAUGUUAUUAUUCCGAAAUAAAUAAAAAUUAUAUUGUAGAAUAAAAAUUAAGAUACAUGGAAAUAUAAAAAUGGAUAUCACUACUUAUAUAAUUUGUGAGCUUGAAAAUAUGCCAAUCUCGUUAAAAUAAUGAGCCUUCUUCUAUUUGAAUGCUACAUGCAAUAUUUAGUUAUUUCAGUUUAACUUUCUAGAUUUUGUUUAAAUAGUGGUAAUGAAUAAAAUAAUUUAACCCAUGAGAGUAAACAGAUUUGAGUCGCUUGUGAAAAUUAACUCCCUUGGCUCCAAUCAUCCUCUGGAAUGCUAAACAUUUUCAUUCGUGAGUAAAUUAUUGUUUUACACUUCUGUACUAUUACUAUUUUUGUUCUGUCCAGUAAUUUUGACACAUUAAAACAUGAUUUGUUAUAUUAGUUCUUGAUAUGUAAUUGAAGAUGUAUUUUUCAUUCUAGUUCAUAGACGAAGUAAUUAUUGUACUUAUCUACUGCAAAGGAAUCUGUAAUUGUUAAAUAUAAUAUAUUAUACAGUUAUUAAAUAUUGUAUAUUUAACAUGUUAUGUAAGUUGUACAAAGUAUUUUAACAUAUCUGGACAACACACAAACCUUUUUGCAAAGACUACCAAAUCGAUUACUCUUCGACGAGUUUACUAGUGUAAGACUGAAUUUGUAACAUUAGAAACGUUCCUAUGUGUAUAUACAGAUGUAUAAUCAUUUUUCACUAUAAUGCAAAAUUUAUUUUAUGUAUUAGAUGUAAGCCUUGGAUGGAUGAAAAUUGUCAGUAUCGUGUGUUUAUAUGCAAAAUAUUGCAAAGUACUUGAAAAUGAUAUUCAGAAAAAAACGAUUAAAGGAGACUGUGGCAUCACUAGACUUGGUGACUUAACCUCUCCUGUUGUAAAGUAAUAUAUUUAUGAAAUUUAAUUUAUUGAGAUGGCAUCUUACACUUUUGCUUUUCAAUGAAUCAAUUUUUUCUGUCCAGUCAAACAUACUUGCAGCUUUAUAAAAGUCAUUCUUACUUUAUAAAAUCAGUUUGAUAUAGAUGUACAGAUCUGGAAAUGUGUACAUACAAGGCACCUGCCCUUACCCAGUAAUGUCUUUGAUAACUUCAGACUUAUUUUAAGUAGUAAAUUAUGUAAUGUUUUGUGGUACAUGUGAACAGAAAAGUAAGAUUGAAAGAAACAAACUAUUGCAUUGCUAAUAGUUUGUAAUAGAUCAUAUAAUGAUAUUUUUUAUAUUUUUAUUGGCCUAUUUGUAAUAUUAGUUUUGUUGUGUAUGAUUAUUUUACUAAUGUGUAAAUAUUGUAAAAUAAAUGAUUUACAUAAAUA